AGUCAGUGUUGAGUUUAACAGAGCCAUGGAAGAGAAACACCCAAACCACUUUGCACAGAAUACCAAUGCUUCAGCAUUUUCAUCAUUAUCAGACAACAUUUCCUUGGAUCUGCAUGGUGCCACCAACGGUUCUAAAGAUGUUCUCACACCGGAUCUCUCAGAGAAUGAUGACUUGGAUCUUGAGUUGCAGGAUUUGAGUGAAGACUCUGACUAUUCGUUAGAACUGGUGUCAGAAGAAGAAACCCCCUGUGUUGAUCAUGAAAACAGGGAUCACCCACCUGUUGAGACUCACAAUGAUGACACUGGAGAUGACAUUGACAGUGAGGAGGAGCGGGACUUGCUGAAUGGCAUUAAGGAGGAAAUACAGGACUUGGUUCGUGAGGAAAUGAGGGACGAGCUCGAGGUCUACAAAGUGAAGCUGAAGGCUAUAGAGCAAGGGGAGGUAACCAGCACCACCAGACCGGACAACACCAGCAGAGAUGCAGAGGAUGGACUGGAAGACCUUGACCCCCAGUUAAGGGAGGCAUACAUCAAGAUGAGAAAACUCGACCGCAUUUUAGCCAAAAAACUCAAAAGGGAAAAGGAGGUCAAAAGAGAUAGAAUUUUACUGGAGAAAAGGAUUCGUGAAGAGAUAGCAUCAUUACAAUCUACUGGCCGAAUUCAGAAAGAUAUUCAGUGCAACACAGACAAAUUUGUUGCACUUGCUCUCCCUCCCAGUCAUAAUGAAGGAGUGGAAAUGAAUCCUCGCCCAGUGUCUCCCGUAUUUCAGACACAGUUAAAUGAACAGGACUUUCAGGAAUCAAAGAGAAAUUCUAAAGGAGAUGACAUUUCUGAAGAAAACCAUAGCACCUCUACAUCUCGUGCAUCCAAUGAUACGAUGGGAGAAAACAGUGAUAAAGAAAGUAAACAUCGCCAUAAGCAGAGAAAGAAAGACUUCAUCAGAAGAAACAAAGAGUUGGCCGCUAAUGCUGAAACUAUAGCCAUGACGGAGGAAGAGAAGCAGAGAGUGGGAGAGUUACUGGCUGACCUCGACUCAGUGCAAGAACACCCAGACGAAGAGGAGACUGUUGAUGAGGAGUCUACAAGUCAGAUGUUAAGUGUGAUACCCGGGGAUGGCUACAACCCAGAUUGUACUGAGCAGAACUCUCUCACUCACAUCGACAGUCGGCUUCGCGUUCUCCUGCCAGACGAUGAGUAUCAGUCUCUUGUCAGUGUUCCCAGAAUACCAGAACAGCACAAAUGCUUCACUCGUGUGGAUGUUAUGUCUUGUAUUGACAAUGACCGAUACGGAGAGAGAGCUCUCCUAGAAACUAAGGAGGAAAGAGAUAUGAGCUUAAGACUGAAAGCUAUAGAAGAUGAGCUGGCUUAUUUCCAUAAUCCCGAGGAACGUGAGCUCGACUCAUCUCGUCUGUCCGAAUAUCAGCUGAACUCUCUGCUGGACCAGUGUGUCCGAUCUCUCUCCAGGACGUCGAGUGCAGACACUGUCUCGGAAAACAACUUAACUGCAAGGUCAGAGCAGUCUUCCUGUUCGAGCAUCCUGGAGAACCUGCCCCACCUCCCAGACGACGUGCUGCAGAAACUGCUGGCUGAGGCUCACUUCCCACUGAGCUCCAGGCUCGGCACUCUCGAUGAACAAGAUGAAAGCAGUGAAACGGAAGGUGGAGAACACAAGCCUAUUUUAGCUGAAACAUGGAAGACAAUCGCCGAGCAGGAUGAAAGUUCUGACCCCAUUGAGACUGCAGAGCAACUGUACACCAACUCCUGGUCUAGGUCAUCUUCUCGGAACACUCUACGAUCACACAGCAUUCUGGGAAGGCCGGCCUCAAACCAGUCCUAUCACAUCAACGACAUGUUUGAUGAUGACGACGACGAUGAUGAUGAUGAUGAUGAUGAUGAUGACAAGCGACUCAUCUUGCCAGAGAUCAGCUCCAGCCCGUAUCUAGUGACUCAGGGUUUGAAUAACCAAGUGUCAAAGAAUGAAUACCACAGCAAGAGGAACAGCCAGGCUGCCAGUGGCAGGAGCAGCAUAGACAUUCUGAGGAACAAUCUCAUCGAGGCAGAUUGCACCAGUAACGCCGGUGAUCAAAGUGCUCUCAGUUUUGAAAGUGACAUAGUCGUGCCUCGGCCACCGACCGGAGAGAGACGGCCGUCAUCGGGACACGGUUCAAAGUCGUCACGGUCAGUGGUAUCUGGAGUCUCCUCACCAACAGUCAGGACUUUAGAUCAUUUAGGAUCCUGAUACACGGCUUUGUUACUGAAAUAACGAAACAUUCUCGCCAGUUUUAGCAGUAUGAGCUAUGAUCAAAGUUGACCCAGUUGGAUGCAUUUGUCACAGAGUGGUGAACAUUGACCAGCAGUAGUAUUUGAUAGACUUCCAGAGAAAUGUUUUUAUUUUUAUUCUGUGGUCUUUAGUGAGUUCCAUUGGUUAUCAGUAUUAAGUGCAUUUGAUCAUAAAUCUCUUGUACACCAGUACAUUUAUGAUAAUGAAGCUCUCCAUAACAAUCCCUGUCAACCCUCCUGUAUCUCUUGUACACCAGUACCUUUAUGAUAAUGAAGCUGUCCAUAACAAUCCCUGUCAACCCUCCUGUAUCUCUUGUACACCAGUACAUUUAUGAUAAUGAAGCUGUCCAUAACAAUCCCUGUCAACCCUCCUGUAUCUCUUGUACACCAGUACCUUUAUGAUAAUGAAGCUGUCCAUAACAAUCCCUGUCAACCCUCCUGUAUCUCUUGUACACCAGUACAUUUAUGAUAAUGAAGCUGUCCAUAACAAUCCCUGUCAACCCUCCUGUAUCUCUUGUACACCAGUACCUUUAUGAUAAUGAAGCUGUCCAUAACAAUCCCUGUCAACCCUCCUGUAUCUCUUGUACACCAGUACCUUUAUGAUAAUGAAGCUGUCCAUAACAAUCCCUGUCAACCCUCCUGUAUCUCUUGUACACCAGUACAUUUAUGAUAAUGAAGCUGUCCAUAACAAUCCCUGUCAACCCUCCUGUAUCUCUUGUACACCAGUACCUUUAUGAUAAUGAAGCUGUCCAUAACAAUCCCUGUCAACCCUCCUGUAUCUCUUGUACACCAGUACAUUUAUGAUAAUGAAGCUGUCCAUAACAAUCCCUGUCAACCCUCCUGUAUCUCUUGUACACCAGUACCUUUAUGAUAAUGAAGCUGUCCAUAACAAUCCCUGUCAACCCUCCUGUAUCUCUUGUACACCAGUACAUUUAUGAUAAUGAAGCUCUUCGUAACAAUCCCUGUCAACCCUCCUGAAUCUCUUGUACACCAGUACAUUUAUGAUAAUGAAGCUCUCCAUAACAAUCCCUGUCAACCCUCCUGUAUCUCUUGUACACCAGUACAUUUAUGAUAAUGAAGCUGUCCAUAACAAUCCCUGUCAACCCUCCUGUAUCUCUUGUACACCAGUACCUUUAUGAUAAUGAAGCUGUCCGUAACAAUCCCUGUCAACCCUCCUGUAUCUCUUGUACACCAGUACCUUUAUGAUAAUGAAGCUCUCCGUAACAAUCCCUGUCAACCCUCCUGUAUCUCUUGUACACCAGUACCUUUAUGAUAAUGAAGCUCUCCGUAACAAUCCCUGUCAACCCUCCUGUAUCUCUUGUACACCAGUACCUUUAUGAUAAUGAAGCUGUCCAUAACAAUCCCUGUCAACCCUCCUGUAUCUCUUGUACACCAGUACAUUUAUGAUAAUGAAGCUCUUCGUAACAAUCCCUGUCAACCCUCCUGAAUCUCUUGUACACCAGUACAUUUAUGAUAAUGAAGCUCUUCGUAACAAUCCCUGUCAACCCUCCUGUAUCUCUUGUACACCAGUACCUUUAUGAUAAUGAAGCUGUCCAUAACAAUCCCUGUCAACCCUCCUGUAUCUCUUGUACACCAGUACCUUUAUGAUAAUGAAGCUGUCCAUAACAAUCCCUGUCAACCCUCCUGUAUCUCUUGUACACCAGUACCUUUAUGAUAAUAAAGCUGUCCAUAACAAUCCCUGUCAACCCUCCUGUAUCUCUUGUACACCAGUACCUUUAUGAUAAUGAAGCUCUCCGUAACAAUCCCUGUCAACCCUCCUGUAUCUCUUGUACACCAGUACCUUUAUGAUAAUGAAGCUGUCCAUAACAAUCCCUGUCAACCCUCCUGUAUCUCUUGUACACCAGUACAUUUAUGAUAAUGAAGCUCUCCAUAACAAUCCCUGUCAACCCUCCUGUAUCUCCUGUACACCAGUAUAUUUGUUAGGAUAAUAGGGUUCCCCAUAAUACCUGUUAACACCCCUGUUUUCCACAGGAGUCUCCGGUUAUUGGCCAAGUCCAUACAAACAAUUUAAAGUUUGGGGGAAAUAUGGUUUAUUUUAAUUUCCAUGGCAACUAAUCUGCUGACUAAAAUUAAUGUCACAUAGUUAUGAUACAAGUCUUCUGUAAAAGUGCAUAUUUUUAAUGCUCAGAAAAGUUAAGACACAUUUAAGUUGUUACAAAUUUCAAAUAAAUUCAGACUGAAAAGGCUUUAAAAUAUUAUCUUGGUUUUGUUUGUGAAUGUUUUUAAAUACAAUUAUUUUCACGUUAACAUUAUUAUUAUUAUUUUUAUUUUUAUUAUUAUUAUUAUUAUACUGGACUGUCAUUAAAUAUUCAUUUUUAUUUUUUAUAUGCUUUAUAAUAUUGAUGGAUUCCAGCCAUACCAGUUUCUUGUACAUUCUGUUUUUUUAACAAAUGGUAAAUUUUAAAAAUAAAUUUUUAAAAAACCCCAAAACAUUUCACUUUACAUAUACUUUAGGACUAAUGCAGAUAGCCUCAUCAGCAAUAUAAUUUCAUUGACCUCUUCUCUUUUCCAUUCGUACACCUGUCUCUUUUAACUUCUGUUCAUAUUUAGUGCCACUGUGAGUAGUAAUCUACCGUGUAGUGUGAAUACAUGUAUAAUAUACUAUAGCCCCUUGGCUUGAACCCCGUCAGUGCUCGAGAAAGUGUUCGACCCAUCGGGUAGUUCAACCUAUCCAUUCAGUUAACAUUGUGUAAAUGUAACUCAGGACUUUGUGUUUUUGGUUCGAACAUUGCAGUGUAUUCGACCCUUCCAAGUUUCACCCAACGAGAUGUUACUGUAUAUACAUAAUCCAUGCCAAAGUUAUUCCGUCCAUGUAAUUUCCACAAAAUGGCAGUAUUAGUCCUGAAACAGCUACGGUAUUAUGUUUUUACAUGCUUAUAUCUAAUAAAAGUCCAAGCAGCACACAUACACAUGUGAAAUGUAUUUCUAUAAAAUGAUGGGCUGCUGUUUUGUGUUCUGCCUAUCUCCUGUUUUAGGUACAACUUGUUGUUUGGAUAGUUAUACAUCCUGUUACCUAUCAUCAGAUUUAUUUAUAAAUAAAGGCAUAUUGUUCAACAA